AUGUUAGCGAGUUUAUAUAAUGGAAAUGUGCAUGUGUGGAAUUAUGAAUCCCAAGCACUGGUCAAGACUUUUGAAGUCACUGAUUUGCCAGGUAUAAUGAUAGUUUUUGUCAUUUUAAAGCAGUAGUUUGAGCUUGCUAUUACAUGUACACUGUACCAUAUUUUCUGGUUAUAAAUUGCAGCAUUUUUUAACAAGAGUUGGCUAGAUUGCUUAAAAUCUGCUGUUACAGGGUGUGUCUUAAAACCAAGUAUCAUAAGGCAACAAAAUCAAAUUAUCUUUUUUUACAUUGUUUGGCUCAUCCUCUUCUUUUGCUAUUGGUUUUGAAUGACGUCUAUAUUGUUAAGCUUGCAAUAGCCCAACAAAAAAUUUUGCAUUCCAAGCGAAUCACAACACCAGUUGCACUAAAUGUUGAUGCUUGGUAACUUAGCGAAUUCUUGAGCACGUUCUUGAUCCGAUAUGAUGGUUUGUUCACUGUCCUGUGUAUACAGUGUAAUUGCCUUUGUUUUAAUGCGUCAUUUGUUGAAGAAAGCUGCAAAAUCUCUCAAUAUAACUGUGAGAGCUCUUUUAUCACUGGUAUUUUAAUAACGCAAGACUAAAUUGUCUUAUUUCUGGUUAGAUUAUUUUUUAUUUGUUUUAUUUCAGUACGCACUGCCAAAUUUGUCCCCAGGAAGAACUGGAUUGUUACAGGAUCUGUAAGUAUCAUUAGGUACACAGUGUAGUAAUUAACAAUCAUUGAAUGAGGCUGAGUAUCAUCUGAAGAAUAAAAUUAUGGAGGGCGAGGAGGGUGUUAUCUGCUGAGGUUGUAGUCCAAGGCAGAUAACACCCACCGAGAUCCCCAUAAUUCUUCAGAUGAUACGAAAGCCGAAUUGAAUAAUAAUUCAAAAUAACUCCUAGUUUAAAAACAAGCUAAAACAUCCUUACCUCCGUCAAUGUUAAGUUCAUCUCAAUAGUCCAUGUUUAUCGGGAAGAUUAGGAGAUAAAGGGUUGUUCAGGUCUGCAAAAUCUUCUCCAAAUAGCAUAUGUUGUCCGUCGAGUUGUCUUCUUGCCAUGUUUUUAGACGAUAGUUCGCCUUUUUCUUCCUCAUGAAACUAGUAAAAUGUUCCUCCAUUUUUUACUCACUUCCAAAACAACUCAAACUUGGCCCAAGGUCUUCUUCUUGAUUAAUGGAUCAAUAAUCUGAAAAUUUUGCUGCACUGUUUUAUUGUCACAAAUGCAUGUUAAGAAAUGUUGAUCUUUUGAAUUUUUUAUUUUUAGGAUGACAUGAUGCUGAGGGUAUUUAAUUACAACACUCUUGAGAGGGUACUGUUUCUUAAAUUUAUUUUCUCAGACACCUGCUGAAUUUUAUCGUUCCUGCGAAAAUAGUAAAAAUUAAUGACAUUCAUACAGACCAGAUCGAACAGAGAUUAUUUUAUUGUGAGUGAUGUCUUUGUACAUUGUGGUUGUGUUUAGGUGCAUGGUUUUGAAGCUCAUUCAGAUUACUUGCGAUCAAUUGCCGUUCAUCCUUCUCAGCCGUACAUUCUUACCAGCAGCGGUGAGUAAACAGUGAAACAAUAAUAUGGUGUCUAAGUGUGAUUGUUAUAUGGUAAAUAAAAUUUGAAGGGUUUGCUAGAAAAGGGGCACUUGUAACGACCUAGUAAACAGUCACAAGCACCCAUUUUCUAGGAAACCAUUCUGUUAUAGAACCUAGAUUGGAUUAUUUUGGUUCAAGUCAACAUUACUCCAUAGUAGUGUACGUCAUUACUAUCUUAUUGAUUUUACAUAUAUAGGUUCACCAAUUUUGGCAGGGUCACCACAACAGCACUUGACACUAAUACUUAUUAUUAUCACUCAAUGCAAAUUAAUUGUUCUUCCUUUUCAUUGGCCAAAAGCCCACCACAUGACCUAAAAAUAACAUUUAGAUAACAUGAGACCCUGAGUGUUUGUCUGGCUCGGGUUUGAACCAGCGGCCUCCUGCUCAGCACAUGGGCAUUUAUCCAACUGAGCUAUCCAGGUGAUAGCCUUUAAGCUCAAAGAGGUAACAUCAUACAGAACUGCAUUUGUACGGUCAAACCUCUGUACAAUGGUCAGCCUUGGGGAAUGGCAACUAAGCUGACUAUUACAUAUUAUAGGGUGACUGCUAUAUACAGGUCAACUUUGCAGAAAAUAUAAGGCAUUGUUAUAUUCUUAGACUUUCACUCAACUGAACAGGGACAGCCAUUGGCUGAUUCUUGGUCACGUGGCCUUGACUAAAAUCAAAUGUAUCCCGAUUGUGAUACAUCAGGCAAUGUACCCCGCUCGGGAUACAUUUCAGCACGUGAUCAGAGCAUGGUGGAAAGUGGCGUGACAGAAGACGGGAAAAACACUGCCAGUUUUCUUUCUCGUGAAUGAACACAGCAACAUUCACAAUAACACAAACAUGAAGCCUCAAGCUAAAAAGCAACGAUUUUCAAAGUUAUCCCAGAAGACAAACAGCAGCUAGUGGAGGAAAAAAGAUGCAGAUAAUAUAAGGAAAGUACUUUUUAAAUCGUUCAUCAGUGGUUUUGAGAAUUAAAUUUGUGUUCUUAUAAGUACCGAGUCGUACUGUUUGGGAGUAGAUAUAAAUGCAAAUUUUACAUUUAAGUAUGCCUACAGAUAGACUUGAAGUACGUUGGAGUGAAAGUCUAGGAAUAUAACAAAACACUUAAUGUCAGGUCCCUCGGGAAACCAGUUAGUUUUGUUUUCCCUAAAGUCCUGAUGUUUCCCUCGACUUCGUCUCGGGAAACAUCAGGACUCUUGGGAAAACAAAACUAACUGUUUCCCUCGGGAUCUGACAUUAAGUGUAUAAUAUUGAAAAUUUUUGGGAUGUUGUCCAGUGAACGUAUUAUACUAACCUGAGACCAGGCUCAAUUUUCGUUUCGCUUUGUAAUAAUAUUCCGGCGGGCAAGGUGAAACGAAAACAGAGCCUGAUACAAACCUUUUACGAAACGUCUGCUUCCCACUUUUUUGAUUGAUUGACAUUUCUGGCAUCAGCCAACCAAAAUUACUUCCGUUGCUUGUUUUUCUAGUAUGCAAAUUUUUCAUGCAUGGGAAAAAUGCAGACUGGCUGAAUUAAAAAAUAGCUUUUAUCUGUUCAUUUUUUCAGCUAAAAAUAAAACAGUCAGCACAAUCACAUUUAACUUCUUGCAAGAUUACUGUAAAGGAGAUCUUGAAGGUUAUUUCUGUUGGGGUAGAAGGUAAAAAGUUUUCGAAAAGACGCUGACGCGAUGUUCUACUAGCUUUAUUAUUUUGGCUAGGUGCCCUCAAAUUUAAAAUACUGAAAUUUCUAUUUUUCUUUUGCCUUAAUAUUUUCCUCCGCAAUUUUCCCCAAUUUCCAGUACAUAAAUCUUUAAAAAUCAUGAAGAAAUAUAUCGCGAACUUUUUCAAAGGAUAAAUUAUGUAAAUUAUUUCAGAACAAACCAAACGGGUUCUCAAGUGUAUUUAUUUCUUAGUAAUGCAGCUGAUUUAGUCCUGUGCGUACACUUGCAGUAAUAUUUGCGAAUAUACUAGAGAAACAAAUGUCUAAAAAUUAUAUAUAUUUUUAAAACAUCCAGGUAAAUAUUAUCUGCCACUAACUGCAUGCUCAACUGACCUAUAAACAAAAUGAAAAACAAUAUUACAAACACACUUUGUAGUUCUCCUUAGUUGUGUUGUUGUUUUACUGCAGGUCUAAAAAGCUCGCUAAAUUUAUUAAUCGAAAUAAACAAACAGCAAACAGCCAACAAGUGAGGACACCAGUUUUCCUGGUUUAUUUCUCACAAAAAGCGACGGCAAACAACAAGUCUUUUACCUUAAGACUAGCGUCACCAGCUUUUAUAAUAAUGUCUACAAAAAUUCCUUGAACAGCGAUGCGAUAUUUUUCGUCUAAUACUUCACCGUUGGCGAUUGAGGUUAUCUUUGCAGUGAGCCUCCGCUUGCGUACCCCAUUCAGAGAAGUCAUUCCCGGCCAAACUUUCAAAUGAAACCAGUUUUAAGAUGGAUAGUAUUUUGAUUUGCACUCGUUUGUUGGUAAAUCAAAAGGCACCUUGUUAGCGGUCAACAUCUUUCAGAGGGAUUCAACUCUGUGUUACAGUCACAUUAGUUCCAUAACUAAAUCAAAUCCUGAGAAGAUAUGAACAGCCAUAUGAAUUUUCUGAAUUUCCAUGGCACAUACAUGUAUUAAGGCAUAUUUUCCUACCAUAAGACCAUAAAACAAUAAAAAAGACAGCAAAAUCGAUCCUUCUCUCCGCCGAUGGCGGGUCAUUUAUGAAAACAACCAUGAAAGGAAUAAGCGCUUUCAACUUCCAGCAUAUCCGAUAGCCAAUCAGAUCUUGCAGCAUUCUUCAAAACAGCCAAUCAGCGUUACGGCCAAAAUCGUAACUACCACAAACAUGAGAGAAUUAUUUGUAUCAGGCCCUUUUUAAGCAGUAGCCGUUACAAAGAAUGUAUGAGAACCGCUAAAAUUGGGCCUGAUCUCAGGUUAGUAAUAUACAUGGUGACCACUAUAUACAGGGCUAUUACAAUGUAUAUACAGGUUUGACUGAAUGCAUUUUAUGCACUGUUUGUAGAGUCCAGUUGCCAUACUGUAAGAGCACAUUUGAGAGCAAUAAUGUACAUGUAUUCCCUGUCCAUGAUGGGAUAUUGGUUUAGAUUAUGGUGUGGUUACAACAUUACUAACAGGAAACUGGUGGCAGUGUGUUCUCCAGUGUUGGUUAGUCAUUCCGACACGCCUCAUUCUGCCAACCAAUGUUGUAACCAUUUGGAAACCCCUUCAACAUUGUCGAGAGGUGUUGUGAAGGCUUUAUACAUUGUACUGGAACACAACAUUCACAAUGAUGGUCACGGGGUUUUGUAAAUUAUUGUCUGAUUACUGAUUGACUUUUGUUUUUUCUUUCUUGCUGUUUUUCCAAUCAGACGACAUGCUGAUUAAGCUAUGGGACUGGGAAAAGAAGUGGCUAUGCAGUCAAAUUUUUGAAGGACACACCCACUAUGUGAUGCAGAUUGUCAUUAACCCCAAGGAUAAUAACCAGUUUGCUAGUGCUUCCCUGGAUAGAACUAUCAAGGUGUGAUUGCGAUACAUGUUGUAUAUGUAUAAAUUAUUCCCAAAACAAAAUAUCACUUCAUCAGGUGAUUGGGAAACUACAUGACUGUACAAUGUACAUGUACUCCAUUACACCCAGAAGUCACCAGUGGAGUUGGUGUAACACCUCUUUCACUCUCAGUGUUAACAGUCCCUUGCAAAUACAUGUAUCAAGGACAAUUCCAAAAUGUUAGAAAUCAUAUUAGUUGAUUGAUUUCUUUUUGGACUUGAAUUAUUUUAAUCUGAAAUUGGAAACUUAGAAUUUGGUCUAUGCAGACAGUUGUUGUAACAUCAUUACUAUUCCAGGCCCAUCUCUAUCAUUUUGUUUGGGAGUGAAAGGGUUUAAUGUUAUAAUACCUUCUUACAUAAUUGUAUAUUGUACAACAAACAUGUAAACUUGAUCAUAAAACCGUAGUUCUUGUUAUAUUUUUAUUGUACUUUCUACUUGCCAUCUUCAAAAUCAAAUUCUUUAUUAUUUUCAGUGGGAUUAAGUAACUGUCAUAAUGCUUUGAAUACAAUUUAAACAUAACAGAUGUGUAAUAGUGGAGCUCCACACCCCCAUACAUAAAAAGAUUUGGUAAUCACACGACCUUACAUCUACCCGUUCGUCCGAACCACAGGACAACCAAUGCAAAAUUUCAAACUUUUCUAGCUAGUGUGGGAGCCUGUAACGUGUAUUUACCUUGAUGAUAAACAUCAAUAUUAUGAUCGAUUGACAGCUGUCGAAACAGGGCAUGUGCUGACCAGAGUCACAUGGCCAUACUGCGGUCUCAGGUGCCGAGGUUACAUUUUUUUAAAAGUUUCCUGUUACCAGUUACUAGUUCUCUAAUUGAUCACAGGCUCAAGUUUAUGUUUUUCAGUCAUAUGGUUCUCCUCUAAAGUUAAGUAUAGAUUUGUGGAUUUCUUAGCAUUGGUUUAAAGUCCAUUGUCUGAAGGAAAUUUAAAAUGCAUAACCUGGUGCUUCUGUUUUAGCUUUAGCUAAAUCUAUCUAAAACUAUUAAAAGAAUACACACAAGAUUGCCUUUCUUUGUUUUCAGGUGUGGCAACUUGGUUCCACUACUCCAAACUUUACUCUGGAGGGACAUGAAAAGGUUAGAGCUGAAAUUUAAUGUUCUACUGGAGCUGAUGUAUUAUCAUGGAAUGAGAAGUUUAGUGCCUGGAGAGAUGUAGAAAUUCUUGCCUUUGCGGAAAUCUUUUUGUUUUGUUUUGUUUUGUUUUUUGUCUGAUACUUGUACAUGUAUGCUGUACACGUGGGGUAGGCACCAAGUUAUUAAACCCUCUUUUUUAUUUACCAGGGAGUAAACUGUGUUGACUACUUUCAUGGAGGAGAGAAGCCAUACCUUAUAUCUGGAGCUGAUGACAGACUUGUGAAAAUAUGGGAUUACCAGGUUAGUUUGUUUCUUACUUUUUGUGGCUUAAUUUUGUGAAGAUGUUUGUAAUCAUGUUGUCUACAUGUUUACCAGAAAACCAAAGAAAUGCAUUGCUGUGACUAGAAAGUGGAAGUUUUAAACAUUUUGUUUUAUUUGUUUAUUAAUUUAUUUAUGAUAAAUCGAUAAAGACCUGCAGGGUACUUAUACUCUAAGAAUUAGAAAUAAGAAUGUUUUUAAGUAGAGUGUAGAUCAAGUUUGCUACUUACGAAUACACAUUUGACUUUGUAAAACCUUCAUUUUUUGCUUGCAAUACUGUAUUUUAGAACAAGACCUGUGUGCAAACUCUUGAAGGGCAUGCUCAGAAUAUUUCCUGUGUUGGGUUUCACCCAGAACUUCCUAUUAUCUUGACUGGUUCAGAAGAUGGUAUGUGACAGGCUUUUUUUUUAUCUUUUGAGCAGUGACAGGUUACUUAAAGGCAAAGCCUUAUUUUGCCCUUUUUUUCUGUGCAAGGUACAUUUACACUGUAUGUUAUCACAUCUAGAAUGUACAGUGGCCCUCGACAGCAAAAUAAAUAUUAUUAUAUUGAUGACUUUCUUGUUUAGAAAGUCUCCCUUACAACAGUCUACGAAAUGUUGUUCUUGACCUUGAGUUGGCUGAGACGUUACCAAUAAUUAUUGUAAUACCUGCAAUGGAAAUUAUUUGUACCUUAAUGCAACACAAUUGCAUAAACUGCUAUUGUAACUAAAGCAUUAUUUUCCUAUGCAUUGUAGGCACUGUUCGCAUUUGGCAAGCUAAUACGUACCGCCUGGAGAGCACCCUUAAUUAUGGACUUGAGAGAGUGUGGAGUAUGGCUAUGUUAAAAGGUUCAAACAAUGUUGCUCUUGGAUAUGAUGAAGGCAGCAUUCUUAUUAAGGUUUGUUGGCUUAAGUUGUUGUUGUUGUUUAGUUGCAUACACUGUACAUUUUCAUCUCCCUCUUAGCUGGACAAACUGUAAUCAGCAAUGGUUGUCCAUCAUAGAGAGAUGUCUAUUUUAUGUCCAGAGUAGAAGAAAAUUGCUAAAACAUUAAUCAUGAACCGUGUUUUUUAAGCAAGACUUCCAUCUUUGAUAUAGAGGUACAAUGUAGUUGGCUCUAGAAAAUAGCACAUGUAGUAUAAAACCAUCAUUUAACAAACAAUCAGUGUCCAAUUGAUUUGGUCUUUCUGUAUAAAGUGCAGUGGUGUAUCCAGGGGAGGCCCCCUAUUGUUAGACCAAACUGAGGCCUGAAUUUGAGACUUCCUCCCCAUCCCCAGGGUCAGGUCUGGAUCUGCCACUGAGGUGUUAUGUGAAAGAGAAAAAAAAAACUAUUAGUUUCUCUUAAUUGCUUCUGUAUGCGUAGAAUCUGGAGUCUCCUUUUAAACUUCACUUUAUUAAAAAAUAAUAGAUUUGCUUAAAAGUUAGGCUAAGAGGUUAGGCUGCCUACUCAUCAUUUCAUGUCAGGUUAAGUUCUGUUAGAAAUGAAUUUGGUCAUAUCAAGUAUAUAGUCAUGUUGCAUUGUAGCAAACACUGCACAAAUGGGAUAAUCAUUAUCAGGUCACAGUGGACAUCUUGCAUGGCAUCCUCGCUUUGCAAAUGCUUGCAUCAAGUAGUCAUUAACCCCUAGAUAUACCGUACAUGUACAUGUCUACUUCUACAUGCAGAUGCAUGCCUGUACUUGUAGAUACAUGUACAUGUAGUAAUACAGUAACAGAUACGCAGCAAGAGCUGAAUGUUUUAAUGUUUAUCUAGCUUGGUCGAGAGGAACCGGCUAUGUCCAUGGAUGCCAAUGGUAAAAUUAUAUUUGCCAAGCACAGUGAAAUCCAGCAGGCUAACCUUAAAAACAUUGCUGGUGAGUCAAACGCUAAGUUUUCAGUACCAACAGUUAAGUAAAGGGAUGCCUGGAACAAGCGUUAAGUGAGUUUUGUAGGGUUUUCAUUAAGAAUUCUAGUAGCAGGAGAAAGAUGUUACAUUACAUGAAAAUAUUUCAAAAGAGGCCCCACAUCUGAAUAAAAAAUAGUCAUACACAUGUGGGCCACCCAAUUUUAGUCGGAGAAUUCAGUCUAAUAAAUGGAGAAUAUUCUGAUCUCUUAUGCCUAAUGAACCUCUUGCUUUUGAUAAACUGUGUUUUGCCUUUCCAAGUUUCCCCUUGUUUUCUUGUAAGGUGCAUAGGAUUUGACAUGGGAUUAGAGGUCCUAAUGGGCACUUUUUGUUUUGUUUUGUUUGGUUUUGUUUUAAAGCCAUGUGGUUCUCUUCUGCAUCAGAGGUACAUGAUUUGUACAAAAUGUAAAUGACAGCAGUCUUAAACUGUAUUAGAAGCUACAGAUGUAUGAGCUGGGUAAUCAGUGUCUGUGUACUCUGAGCACAGCACCCACCUUCAAGUGGAAUAGAGAAGAAGCCAACUCUCAAAUAAACUCUCCAACAUUCACUGCCUAAUCAACCCUGGGCACCCUUCCUCUUUAAAACAAGUAAUAGUGAAAACCCUGAAAGGCAUAUACUUGUAUCGCAAAACCUCACAUGAAUAGCCAGCGGUGAGAAUAAAAGGAAAACUGACCAAGGAAAAAAUGACCAAAACAAAUGGAAAAAUGAAAAACCAAAAACAACAGGAUCACUCACCUGUUACAUGUCUUCUAAAUCACUGAGCCUUGGUAGCUACAUUUGUACUAUGCAUCUUUGCAACAAAAUUAAACUUGGGAGCCAUGCAUGAUGCAGGUCAAUUUAAGUUUCUGGGAAACUGCCUACCUAUCCCUCCCCUAAGCUAACGUUAACACUUACUUCUCACUUGGGCUAAAAUGAUGGCUUAGGGGAUGGGUAGGUGGGCAGUUUCCCAGAAACCUAAGUUGAUCCCAUAAUGCUAUUUCAGACUAAAUUAUAUACCUUGCAUAUGCUAGAAAUUGUAGUGUAUUUCUAACUGGCUUUCUUUCUGCUGAUCAAGACCAUGAUGCAAAAGAUGGUGAACGGCUGCCUUUGGCGAUUAAGGACAUGGGCCCUUGUGAGAUGUUUCCACAGACUUUGUCUCAUAAUCCCAAUGGAAGGUAUGUUCAUUGUAUUGGUGCUUUUUUAUUUUUUCGUUUUCCUCUUGUUCAGCAGAGAAUUAUUAAUGUUCUUGUUCUACUUUUUUAACUUGUACAAAUAAUGUACACACCAGUGUGAUUGUUGUAUUUUUAUUUUUUUAUUUUUAUUUAUGUUAUUAUAUUCUUUAUUAAUAUAUUUUGUUUGGUCACACUUUGUCACAGGUUUGUGGUCGUCUGUGGUGAUGGAGAGUACAUCAUUUACACAGCUAUGGCACUGAGGAACAAGAGCUUUGGAUCUGCUCAAGAGUUUGUCUGGGCAUCUGAUUCAUCUGAGUAUGUACUUUUUAAUAACUGCAUUGUGCAGUAAAUUGAUUUAUUAUUGUUCUGAAGAAUUUUGUCUUUAAUUUGAUCUACCAAGCAUCAAUACAUGCAACACUGUGACACUAAGUCUUUUCAAUUCCAGAUAUGCCAUAAGAGAUGGAAAUAAGAUCAAGAUCUUUAAGAAUUUUAAAGAAAGGAAAUCAUUCAAACCUGAAUAUGGAGCAGAAAGUAAGUUUUUGUGUUAUCUCAGUUUAUCUUUAACUUUUGACCCUUUGCCAAGAAGUUGACGUCUAUUUAGGUAAUAAGCUGUAUGUUUGGAGGUUUGACUGUGAAGGUUAAAUGGUUGUGGUGGCGAGACAAAACAUGGCCCACUGUUACACUUGUAGCUAGACUGGCCAAUUGAUUGUUGACUUUUUUUUAAAAAAAAAAAAUAGAUCUGUUUACCGUAUUUCCUCGAAUAAUAGCCGGGGAGAUUUUUUUUUUUUCGCGCCAAAUGGGGGCGAUUAUUUAAGGGAAGGCAAUUAUUCGAGGAAGGUGGUUAUUUCAAAGACAUGUAUUGCUCACUGGAAGUCAUGCACCAGAUAUUUCACUUUAUCAUCCCGUUACUUAUUAAAAAUAAUCAUAUCAAAUGAACUGAACAUGGGCUUUUUAAGUGUUCCAGAUUUGUUUCUCUGAUUAAUUUUCAAUUUCAAUAUCCUCAGUGUCAGAGCUUGAGUUGUCACUGAUCAGUUUUUAAUUAUUUAUUCAUUUAUUUUUAUUAUUAAUUUCUUUUAGAUAUAUAUGGUGGUCAUCUUCUUGGAGUGAAGUCUGUCAGUGGUCUUGGCUUCUUUGACUGGGAGAGCACAGAUCUUGUGCGUAGGAUAGAAAUUCAGCCAAAGAGUGUAAGUGGAUAAGCCCCUCUCUAGCUUGCUUUGAAAUGGAUUCAAUUUUUUUGUGACUUGUAUGUUCAAGCUGAAUAAAAACCAGAAAAUGCAAAACUUUUGGUCAGCGCUGCUUUUGCUUGUUUCCAAACGCAUUUGCUAUUCCGGUUAUUACUCCAUUCGCAUAUAAGACUCGUCGUUUAUAAGCCUAGGGCUUAUAAACGGCAGUUAACGAUAUACAAUGUACUAUGUGUAUCAUUGUGAAUUAAAAGGAAAGCACAUUCAAGUGUGUUAGCACAAUGUACACUGUAAUAUGUUUAUUGACAUGUACCUUUUUUUUAAUGGCAGAUUUAUUGGUCUGACAGUGGCGAACUUUGUUGCAUAGCAACGGAGGAGUCAUUCUUCAUUCUUAAGUACAGUGCUGAGAACGUUGCUAGAGCACAAGAAACACCAGAAGUGAUGACAGAAGAUGGCAUUGAAGAUGCUUUUGAUGUAAGAUUUUAAUUUGUGAUGAAUACUUUUCUUAAAUAGUGUAAACCUGCAGAAUAGUAUACAAUUGACAGUAGUUAACAAAAAGGGACCUUUUGACUCGGGAACGAGAACGACUACGAGUACGAGAUUUGACUUUAAGUUUUCUCGGGUAAUUUCCAAAAACAAAAGGACACCCUGGAAAGCGUUGUUGUACUUGUUUACACCAGAAAAGAAAGCACUGUUUUCUUUAUUGAAGAAAGGUAAGCCCUCUCCCGAUCGCAAAUUGAUAAAACUUGCAAUAUUUCAUAACUUCUUUCUGUCACUACGACAUCCUCGCUAAAACCCGAAGUAGACUGACGACAACUAUCACGUUUUCUCAAUAAAUUUAGUUAUUGCUGACUGUUUAGCUUUUACGCGUCUCGAUGGUGUCCGCUCUCGAGAGCUUCCAGUGCAAUUAAAUCAGAUAACAGCUGCUGCGCGUUUUUAUGGUGAACAGGUUUGUGGCGAAAUAGAAGAUUGUGUGAAGACUGGCAUCUGGGUUGGAGAUUGUUUCAUCUACACCAAUGCUGUGAAUCGACUGAAUUACUAUGUCGGCGGAGAAAUUGUCACUAUCGCCCAUUUGGACAGGUUUGUGCGUUAAUUCUUCAUCUUGAUUGCAUAUUUGUAGCUUUUUCUCAUCUAGCAGGUAUAGUGAAGUUUACCACAUAGCUAAGUACUCUGAUAAUGUAGUAGAACUGCAUCUGAGUGAAGUUGUUUUUCUUUUAAGCUUCCUUUUCUCAACCGAGUUUACCUCCAGCUUUCAGCUUUAUUUUCAAGUAAAUUUUCUCCUGGUCGGGAGUACCGUAGAUAAGAGUUGGCUAGCAGCCCAUCUGGAGUCAGUUUCAGUUUCGAUGUAUAGCCCCUUAUUUUGUUGGUUUGUACUGUAAAUUAGAGACCUAAGAUCAUUGUUUUUCGACAUUUCCCGCGAACCGCGAUCGUCAAGAAGUCGUGACUAGCGCCUUGCCGUCAGGUUUAGGGUUUGAGGUUCUCGUUUGUACGGGUAGACCACGCUCUAUUUUUCACUAUAAAACAACACAAUUCUACGUUUGAGAGGAAAUACUACUUUUAGAACUCCUUUGCUAAUUAAUUAUGGAACUGUUUUUUGAAGACGAUUUCUCAGCUCAAAUAGAAGUGAACGAAUGAAUUAAAACAAACAUGCAGCUCCGUGCUACCAGCCGCGAAUCCCAAGUCCCAAAUAUGGGUAGACGGGUAACGUGAAACCGCCAACCGCAAACCGCGGUUUGCCGUUUGCUGUAAGAUGGCCAAACCUCGAUCUUAAAGUCUCUAUAUACAUGUAUUCUUCCUGUUCGCUCAUUCUCGCGUGCUGCACUUGUGAAUGGAUCAAGUCGAUUAAAAUGGCAUGAUUCCAUCACUAUAAACUCCUAACUACACCUAAGAACAGUGCAGAGAGAAAAGAAAGCUUGUCGCCUUUCUAACCUUGUUUUGAUGGUGAAGAAAGUGAAUCAAAGCUACCACAGGCGUAUUUGCCAUUCCCUAGUUUUUCUAACUCUUACACUUUGAAUUACCCUUGAUUGUAAUGUCAGAAAAUGCCGCACCUGAUAGUUAAUUAGGAAUUGUAUGGAAUCGUGGUAGAUAGAAGCUGCUUUGCAUUUAGUUUUAGCUGUUUAAAGACAGUAAUAACUAGGCUAUGCAGCUGAGAAUAGUCCAUUCUAUUGUACAGUCCCUUUACUUGUCUUGAAAGUAUGAGCUACAGAGUCGCGAGCCAAUCCUAAGUAAGUUGCCACAAGAAUGUAAGAAAGUCCUCCUAGAAUGUUUCAUUGUUGAUAGUAUCCCAUCUUUUAACAGCUGAAGUUGGUUAUUUUUAUGUUGUAAUUUUGUAUUCGUUCAUGUAUUUAUUUUGUUAUUAUAUAAUUAUAUUUUGAUCUUAGGACAAUGUACAUUCUGGGUUAUAUUCCCAAAGACAACAAGCUUUAUUUAAGCGACAAGGACAUGAAUGUGGUUGGAUACUCCUUGCUGUUGUCGGUGUUGGAAUAUCAGACCGCUGUAAUGAGACAAGACUUUGAAACCGCUAAACAGGUAUACCUUCAUUCUUAGGCAGUUUUACAUUUCGGCGACACCCUUUUCACUGCAAACUGCAGUCGGCUCAGCCUUAAAGCUAGGAAGCAAUUUGCUCAAAGCUCAAGACACGACCCGAAACACAAAGCCAGCAAUGGCUAGAAGCUCUAAUAUGACCAGAAACACUAAGUAUGCGAGUCAAAGUACACGGUGUACGCCUACAGUCGAACCCCGCUUAACGAACGCCUCGUGAUUACAGUCUGCUUUGUUCUCGGGGAAAGCCCUUCCUUGCAUUUGCUCUAAAUUCACCCGGUUAAUGCAGACACCCGGUUGCUAUGGACACUCCUAUUCCCUGCCCCCGGUCAGUGUCCCCGUUAACAGGGUUUGACUGUAUUUCGAAUUUCGAUGAUGGAGUCGUGUAGUUUUGUUUAAACGGAGCUUGACAUGGUUAUGGAUGCUUCCAUUACAGGUGCUGCCUACUAUCCCUCGAGAGCAAAGGAACCGUGUAGCUCACUUUUUAGAGAAACAAGGCUUCAAGCAACAAGCCCUUGUCGUCUCGUGUGACCCAGAACACAGGUAAACAAAGAUCCUUAAAAUCUAAUUUUGAUACACUUACCCAAAUCAACUUUUAAAUUAGAAGCUUCUGAAGGUUCUGUCCACACAAGUCUAGUUUUAGUUUGCAUUUAUUAGUUUGUUCGUAGAAGAAAAAAAAAUUACGAUAUCGUUCAUGCUGUAACCGCGUAGAUUUGCAUAGGUUUUCAAACGUAAGAGGACUAGUGCGGAUGUAUCGAACUCUCAACUAAAUUAAUUUCGUUUUGUUUGGCUGCUACUGUGCUCUCGUUUAUUUCGCAGGAACGUUUUCUUACUACUUUGUAUUUCACUUAUUGCUUUGGUGUUGAUCUUAGUUACAGACGUCUUGCUGCGGUUAUCAACGUUUUAGGUAUUUUCGUCCCAAGAGUACACCGUCUGAGAGGAGUUGUUGGUUACUAAUUUUUGUUUUCUGUUAGAUUUGACCUGGCAAUUCAACUUUCUGAACUGAAGAUCGCUUAUGAGAUUGCUAGUGAGUCGGAGGUAAGCGUCCAUGUGUAGUUUUAGAAAGAUACCACUUGGCAAUAUAUCUGACUUGCAAUCAAGGACACUCAACUUGGGUCACACUGCUCUGGUACCUGCCUCUAUCUCUUCCAAUGUGGUGUUGUAAUGGUUUUUCGAUGGAAUUGUCCAAUUUCGAGGGAGAGAGAAAAGGACGUCGGCCGACCCAAGUUUUAAUGUCAAGAAUUGUGGCUUGCUUUCUGCAAGGGAAUGUGCGAAUGGUGGUUGUUAUUUUUCUCGAGAAAAUAAUCGUUUUCUCGAAAUCUUGGGUAUGAAUAUUCAAAAAUGCUGGUUUCUCGAAACACGAAACGCAAACCUCGAGACUCGAUUCUCGCGUCCUGAAAUUCUAGUUCGGUCGAGUUUCCAGUCGUGACUUUCGAGGAUGAAGUCGAGACUUUCAAUUUUCUUUUGAGCGGUUCUGUAACUUUCCAUUUUCCGCGUUUCCUGUCUUGUCUCCUGCUUUAGAGUGAACAAAAAUGGAAGCAGCUUGCAGAGCUGGCCAUUUCCAAGUGCCAAUUCCAAUUGGCGCAGGAGUGCUUGAUUAACGCCCAGGAUUUCGGCGGCUUGCUGCUCCUGGCAACAUCUGCAGGUGACGCGGAUAUGAUUCUACGACUCGCCGAGACGUCUGCUCAGAAGGGAAAGAACAACGUGGCCUUCCUUGCGUAUUUCCUCCUUGGAAGGUAAGCUAUAGCGAUGGGCACGCUGACGUCGCCUGUUGAUAGCAGAGAGAUUUAGAGUGGUCUUUACGGUAAACGGCAAUCGUCAGAUUCAAGCUGACAAUUUUCGAUAAUAAACUAACGUGAAGCUACUAAUUUUGUGGGUGGAAGUAAUGAACAGUAAACGACAAGAAAACGGAAAACUUCGUCACGUGGUACAAUUCGCCGUAAACGUGACUCUAAAUCCGUCUAUUAGUGAACGUACGCAAAAGGACUGCGGAGGAAAGGAGACGGCAAGCCUUGUUUGACAAGCAGGACGGUGAUUGUCUUUGAAAAUAUUUUCUGCCAGACUUCUCCUUCCUUUAAAUAGAUCUUUUUGUAAAAGACCAGAAACAGUGUUGUUAAUUGAAGCUCACGACAAAACUCACAAGAAAUAGCCCUACCUCGUUUGUGACAAACAAACGUUUUGCCGUCCUCUUCUUUCUGCCGUCCAGUUGCGUAAGCUCACUGCUAAUUGCCAUACAAAUUUGAAUACCAAAAGCAGUGUUUAUAAACAGUGAUGUCUCCUUUCCUGUCAACUCUGCCAUCAGGGUAAUUCAAUUGACUGAAGAGCGGUAGGCCAAGAUUUGAUUCUCACCCUGACCAACUCUCCGGGUCUCGAAAUAACCGAAAGUGCUGCCUUUGCUUUGAAAUCAGCAAAUGGUUAUGCUCUCUAGUCUUCUCGCAUGAGGACAGAAAGCCGUAGGUCCUCUCUCAUAAUACUUUCGCUUAAUCUGACUCUUUGGGAUGGAAAAGAGCCACCACGAAAGUAAGAAAUCUCUGUCUUUGGACACUUCUAGUGUCUUUGUUAUUAAUACAUUCAUAUAAGAGGGUAUUCGUAACUGGAAUCAACUAAAGUUCCUGGGCAACUGACCACCCACCCCUCUCCUAAGUCGCUUUGGGCUGUAUUAAGCGUCUCUGUGUUAGAAGAUUGGUCGAACGACUGAAAAGAUGAAAAGAGAAAGAAACUACUGUAGCUGUUGGUUUUGUUGUUGUUGUUGUUGUUGUUUUAGUAGAGAUGGACGUUAGUAGAGAGUUGACUUUAUAAUGUUUUGCUGCAGAUGUGCGCUUGUUCAUUGGCUUUAAAAACUCUCGCCCUACCGGACCUUUGAAUAGUUAAAUCGCAUUUGAAUCGCUCACCGGGAUUUCUUCUUUACGGUUUCGCCCUUUUUUGGUUUCUUAGGCCGCUUUCCAUUUGUCAGAACUAACCGGCGAGACCAUUCCUGUCGUAAUGAUAAUUUCCCUGUUAAUCAAACCUCUCCGGUCAGAUCAGUCAAAUCAUAAAUAGUAUGCACGAGAGAAAUGGUUUUUAGCAUUUUAUUUUUAGCGUUAAAAAACCCUUGGAAAAAGCCUAUUUCAUUUUCAAACUGACUGGUCCGGCCAUGGUCCGUCCGGCCAGUUCUAACAAAUGGAAAGCGCCCUUAGAGUACUUAGCAUCUGCAGCUUAAUUUUCGAGUGAAAUAAUUAAAAUAUGUUGUCUUUUUGUCAGGUUGGAAGAAGGGAUCGAGUUACUUUGUAGCACCGGCCGCUACCCUGAAGCGGCCUUCAUGGCCCGUACAUACUUGCCAAGCCACGUGUCAAAGUAAGUUGUUCUUAAACACACUUACUUGAUCAGUUUAUUGUCAAUCUUCUUGAUCGUCUUAUUUACGUGAGUUCACCAAUUUUGACAGGGUCACCGCAACAGCGCAUGGCGCCAAUUACUGCUGGCCCGUAACAUCCCCCCCACCCUCCCAUGAGAAAUAGGGGUCUACGUCCCCUACCCUUUUGAAACAGCAGUGUGGGUUCUUCCUUCCAGUUUAUUGAUGACACAGGAUGAAGGAGAAUGUCACGCCACCGCUCGUAGCUAUCGAACGCUGCGUUGAUGCCCCAAGAUCCACAUAUAAAUUGUCCAGACUGAUCUCUAUGCAGUUCCUUUAAGAGCAGUGGAGAGAAUUUGGUUUAAGAUUAAAGAAUUCUCCUUUGGUAGUCAAUUUAGUAAUUCUAAUGUUGUUGGGAGAAAAUUGAUGUUGGUCACUCGUGGGACCUAAAUGGUUAAAGUCGUCUGAUUCCAUCACUAAAAUUCCUAGUUAAUUUCUGUGUGCAAGAGCCAGCUUUUGUCGUUAAAGAAAGCAAAGUAUCCACGGUCAUUUUGUCAUAUUUGGAAAUCUAAACGAAAGAUAUUAAACUGUUCUAUUCGAAGAGAAUACAAAGCUUGAUCGGUUUUUGGUCAAGUGAAUCGAAGUUCUCACUUACAAAAACAAACUCUACUACAAGCAGCAUUUACUGCGCCUUGAUUUAAAUUAGGCUUGAUUUAUUGUAAUUAUGUCAUGUUUUUGUCGUUUUUGUUGUUGUUUUUUAACCGUAAAGCACAUUGGAAUCAACUGAAACUUUGAAUACUAAGUUAUAGUUUCAGCUCAUCUUUCAACCAAAAAUGUAGAACUUACCACGACAGCCCGUUUCAUGACAUGUGUAAUUGAAUGCUAAAAUGCACCAACUUACACAUUAAUGAAACCUUCCGCAUUCUUGCACUUGUUUUCGGCGCUAGAAUUGUGAAGCUGUGGAAAGAAGAUUUAGGAAAAGUCAACAAAAAGGCAGCGGACUCACUGGCAGACCCCUCCGAAUACGAAAACCUGUUCCCAGAAUUCCAAGAAGCCCUGCAAGCUGAAAAGGUAACUGUUAAUCUACGUGCAAACGGACGCAACAACUCCCAACAUUGUUGUCCCAUUGUUGUUGCUUGUUACUUGUUAGCAAUUUGGGCCAUGCACUUGUGAAUGGAACAUGUCAAUUAAAGUGGCUUGUGUCCAUCACCUUAAACUCCUACUACCUAAAAGUGCAAAGAGAAAUUGAAGCUUGUCGCCUUUCUAGCCAGUUUUCGUGGCAAAGGAAGUGAAUCAAGUUGCUACACACCCGUGUCCACAACCCCAUUCCUGCAGUCUGCUAUGUUACUUUUCACUUCUAUUGGGAGCCCCCUCCCCCCCCCGCCCCCUACUCCGAUAUCCUCCGAAAUUCACCCUUUCUGUAUUUCAUACUACUUAUUUCUACGCAAGUUUCGAGAGAGGUUGUGUAUUUUUCUUCACAUUUUCACGCCUUGACUUUUCACUGGCCGAAAAAUAUCGUUCUCCUCCGUGAACCACUCAGACCUAAAGCUCUGCUUGGCGCCGAUUACAUGAUUCGCGAUCUGAUUGGCUCCUUUAGUUUACGCCUGCCCAUUGUGAUUGGCAGACUGAAGUAGUAGGUUGUGUAAAUGACACUUAUUUUAUGCAUUUAGUUCCUGAAGAGAGAAAGAGUGCAGAUGAAACCUGCUUCCCAAUAUAAGAAUGUUCAGGUGAGCAAUUCAGUAGUUCUGUAAAUGCCGGGUUCGUACAGAGUCAUGCAUUAUUGGCAGUCUCAACAUAUGCAAACCAAUUUUCUGCCCUGGAAACACAUUGGAAAAUUAAGACUAAGUCUGGAAAAGUAGUAAAAUAUCAGUGUUUUAUGGGUAAAACUUGAUUCCUGCGUAUGUUGAGGUUUCCAGCGGUCGCGUAUUUGUUAACCGGAGCGUGGAAGCAAAAGUCCGAAUUUUUCGUUUGAAAGUCUGCACGAACCCUGUAAGUAUAAUAUAGACAUAGAACGGUAACGAAUUCUAAUCUUGGCGCGAAACUAUGCAAGUUUUGAGAUGCUAUGAAGGUGUUCCACCAUUAAAAGGCCAAGCUAAAGGAUUCAGACGGGCUUGGUGUCGAAAACAACAUUCAGAGGAAAAUGUGAACAUUGGCCAAAAUUUAUGCGUAAACAAAUCAAAAACCCACAAUUGUGACCGUUUUCGUCAUGCCUACAUGCAUAUUAGUAGGUAAAAAAAUAGUAUAGUUGUAAAAUUGGGGAAUAUUUUCAAACGUCAGAAUGUUAUUGCACAUUCUAUUAAUUUUUUUUGUUAUUACUAUUAUUAUCUCCUGUUUUUUUACAGCACAAUGCUGAACGCGAUGUAUUUGAAGAAAUGAAAGCAGCAAAAGAGGAAGGCAGCCUGGACUCAAUUCUGGUAAGAAACUUAAUCACCUGGAAAACUACCAUUAGAUGACUGGAAUGUGCACGGUUUCAUCGCUGAUGUUGCUUGAAUUGGGUUAAAAAGCGCUUGUAUCAAAAUCUGGUAAAAAUAAAGUAUUGUUUUUGGAAAAAGUCUGAUAAAAGUCUUGAAUUUUGGAUCCAAAAAUCUUUGCGAACCCUAUAAACAGUACACUGGCAGGAAAGUAAUUUUCAGCAGAAUCAAUGUUUGGAACUACUUUGCUCAGCAUAAUAAACAGUCACGUAAAGGUUAUGCUCAGUACCUUUUAUUCAAGUGGUUAAACCACAGGAUUACAUUCAGACAUCAAAACACUUUUAAGGUCUUCUAUACCAAUUUCAAUACAAGCGCUGAAUGGUGUUGUUUGAAUUACAGGCAGCUGUAGAGAACUUGACAUUUAAUGAACCUUCUGCAUCCAAACCAAUGGUACCUUCAGUACCGACAUUUGCCGCCUCGCCAGCAUCAGUCUCGUCCCCACCGCCUCCUGGGCCAGCAGACAGGCCGUCAGCGGCUGUGUCCUCAGCGGCAGUGCCCCCAUCAGCGAAGGCGCCUGACAUCGAUAAGAAAGAGGAAGUUAAAAAAGACAAGGUUAGUAGUUACUGUGUAAGAGUGAUGUGGCACAAUGGGUUUUUUCGAUCAGUUCUGUAUGUGGGUGGGUGUGUUUUGAUUUCAUUGACGAAGUUCGGGGUCAAGAUGGCUAGAUAUCGGUCAGGCUAUUUGUUUGUUUGUUUGCUUGCUUCUACCUGUUUCCUUCCUAGUCAUUCCUCUCUUUCUCACUGCCUACGGCUGUUAAAACCUGUUACUUACUAGUGACCAAGCCACGCAAAAGAACUAAUGAAACAUAAUUUCCUGUUUGUUUUCUCGCUAGCACAGUGCCUGUCAUUCCUGUUCUUACACUUAUACCCACCGACUACAACCCCGUUUUUUGGGCAUGCGCAGCGCAGUCCCCUCACCCCUUGCAGUGUGUGCAGUAUCGGAAAGCUUAAGCGAUUUUCAACUUUGUGAAGGGUUAAAUCGACCAAGUGUCCCAACUGUUUUGUCCGGGAUUGUAGCUCCUCGUGUCUUCCUCCCCUCCAACAGUCACCAGUACUUUGCAUCUGCUCAAACGUACUGCUCUCUGUCACCUUGUCUUCAUAGCUUUAUCCGGUCUCCCGAGAGGCGGGGGAAACCGACCAACUAUUUUGUCAGGGGUUGUAGCUCCCCGUGUCUUCCUCCCCUCCAACAGUCACCAGUACUUGGCAACUGCUCUGAAGUGUUGCUAUCUGUCACCCUAUCUUGAUCGAUUUGUCCAGUCCCCCGAGAGGCGGGGAAAACCGACCAAAAAUUUUGUUAGGAGUUGUAGCUCCUCAUGUGUCCCCCAUCCCCCCUUACAACAGUACUUUGCAUCUGCUCUAACUUAUCGUUCUCUGUCGCCCUGUCUUGAUCGGUUAAUAUCCGGUCCUUUUCUUUUGUAUUAACAGUUGAAAAAACUCCUGCUGUACCUUGCAUUACAGGAUGAAGACUUCGACGAUGAUUUCGAUGAUUUCGACCAGGACGACGAUGUAAGUCUUCCCUUUUAAAGUGCCCAUCACCUAAAAUUUAUUACUUUCUUAUCUGAAACUAUACCUUAUUAACAUAACUUCUGCGAAAAAAUUUUGCGAUUUGAACCAAAGACGAUUUUUUUAAUAAUUUUUUAAAAACGUUCAAAUUUGCCGCCAAUUUUUGCACAACAUUCGUCUUAGUCUUCUCUCGGAGUAUGGCGUCAUAUGACGUACUUUAAGGGACACGUGACCUUAUCGACAGGAAAACACUAAGAGUUCUGAUAGGUUUUUCUUUUUCAGAAAAACUUUCUUCUUGCGAAGACAUUGUAAUUCAAUUCUUACUUGUAAUUUAUCUUUUUUGUGUACCGCUGGGUAAUGCGAGUUCCUUAAUUUACGUCACAUGACGUCAUAUGUGAGCCUGCUAGUUUGCAUGAUCAGCAGCGCGUGUGUACCGCAAAAAUGUAGACUUAAAAAAUUGUUUAAAAAAUCGCGUUUUGUUCACACCGCAAAAUUUUUUCGCACAAGUUAUUUUAAUAAGGUAAAGUUUCAGAUAAGAAAAUAUGAAAUUUUAGGUGAUGGGCACUUUAAACAGUACUUUCAAUGACAAUGUGGCCUUUGCCAAGCAGACAGCAGGCGUCGGACUCGCAAUCCGGCGGUCCCGGGUUCGAGUCCCGCUCUUGGCACUUGCUGGAUUUGUUCUCGGUCGUCCCUAGUUCAAAUCCUCAGCCACGUUUGUAAAUAGCCAACCGGUUGCCUUCUGCCAGUUGGGGGUUUUUAAUCCUGUUAUGGUGUACUUGAAUUUCUUAGUAUUCGAGUGAAGUGCCUGUAAACUAGCUGGAUAAGUUAAGUGCCUUUUCCACUAUAAACAAGCCUUUAAAUCACUUAACCUUCAUCCAUUGAUGCAUUGUUUCAUUCACUCACCUUCCCACCUACUCACCUACUCAUUCACCCAGCUGCCCACCCACUCUUUCCCGAACUUACUCAUUCACACAACUAAUUAACUAACCAAUAAAAAGCAAUCAUUCCUUCAUUCUUGACUUCCAGGAUUUCGGCCAGGACGAUGAUGUAAGUCUUUCCAAUGUAACUAAUUCAUUCAUUACCCCCCACCACUUCUUACGUACCCACCCACCCACCCAACCAGUCACUCAAUCACCUACCUGGCCACUAACUCUUUAAGAAGAAAACGUAUUGCGUUCAACGGGAGAAAGAUACCAGGAGCAAUGUAAGCAACGAACUAUGCGGCACAUUCGCCACCUAAGAAGCGACAAGGAAAUUGGACCAAAUUAACGGUCACAAAGACUUCUCGGUUUGUUGCGAGGGGCAAGGAAAAAUUGGCCAAUAGCUGAUCAGCGCGCCGCCAGUAACGAUCCCCGAAACGACUGUGGGACGCAUUUCGUCUCUGGUUCCCUUCUCGUUUCUAAAGUGGCGGCUCGACUUUAUUAACGUUUGAAACCUUGAUAUCAAAAUUGAAAUUCUCAUUUACCGUCCCUAUACAUUUUCAAUGAAAGUAGUGGGGAGGAUUUGUUGAAAUAUCAAUUAGACUCUUCUUCCCUGAUAAUGUACUCAAUUCUCAUGACCACUCUGUUUUCUAAAGCAUUGAUAUUAUAAGGAGAAAUUUCAGGCUGAUCACUCUUACGGCUUAUAGGAUUAAGUUCAUAUUAUUUUUUUUUUCCUACAGGAUGACCUAAAUGUCGACGACGACGAUCUUCUAAACGAUGACGAUGAUGAUUUACUCGACGACUAACACGAUAUGAAAUUUGAGGGAUUUUAAUAAUGAGAAUUUUCGCUAUUCUUAGGUAUAUUCGGUUUGAUCGGAAGCAUGCUUCAGGUUUGACAUAGGCAUGGGUCGCACUUGGCAAAUUUUUGCGAGAAUUUGUUUACCUUGCGGUAGAAAUCUGUCAUCGGUGGACAUUGCUAAGUGCGACCCCGAGUUUUCAAGUCAGGAAAAACUUUGAAAAUCGGCAAAAACAUCAAAGACGCCGUAGUGCUUGGGUGGGGCAGGCAGAUUUUGGAAAACUCGAGCUAAACAAUAGGAAUCACAGCGAUAACUGUCAGCGCCUUGUCAUGAACGUGAUCCAUUUGAAACACGAUCAAUUUAAAAUAAACGCGGUCGAAUUUUCAGACCUUCGCGAAGAGGCUUUUACUCGGCUAUCCUUCGCCAUUUCAAGUUUUUUUCGAAAACUCUCUACAGGCAAGGACUUCACUCGCUUUUAAACCUUCGCUAUUUUAAGGUUUUUACGGGAACGAGCUCUAUUGAAGGCGAACCAGUUCCCGUCUGCACAAGCAAACACUUCACAGGUUUGUUAUUCUCCAAGCCAAAUGUACUAUUCGCAUCCAAGCACUUUCCGGUCUUCUUUAUCUGUCCCAUCCUCCUGAAACUGGGAAUGGAGGAAAAAGAUCCUUCGACAGAGGUGCGGACGAAGAAGAGAAAAAUGUUUUCUGGUAUCUGGGGUUCUUAAGUUCUCAAUGUGUCAAAGCAAAAACUAUUAACUCCCACUAAUGCGACCCUCCUCGGUUGGACUAAAAGUUUUCUUUU